AUGACGGAUACAAGUCCAGAGAGCUCCAACACGGACACACUACCCUCGACGAAUGCCUCCAUUACUGCUUCUUUGGAGGAACUUACUACUCGCCCUGUAAUCAAAAGAGCUAGACCACAGUUGAGCUGCAUACCAUGUCGCCAAGGCAAGCUCAAAUGCAACCGUCUUCACCCCAUCUGUGAUCAGUGCCAAAAGCGGUCUAGGGAAGCGUCGUGCUCCUACCUGCCGCCACCCACUCGGCAAAAACAGACCCAGAACAUGAAAGGGCGGAUCAAGAACCUAGAGAGUCUAGUGGUCACUUUGAUGAACAGCAAGGAUACGCAGGACGCUGUUCCGGGGACUGCAACAGAGCACAUCGCUCGUGCACCAGCUACGGGCGAUGGCCUAUCUCAGCCCUCUCCAUCCGGAGACACCAACAGCUCCCCUCACCAAGAUAUCGAUCCAGGUGACCCAAAUCCAGCCUCGUUUGGACAACUUAGGAUUACCCAUGCCGACGCGGUCGGAGGAGCUUGCUAUGUUGGAGCAGCCCAUUGGACGGCCAUUCUCAACGAAAUCGCCGAAGUCAAGAACUACUUGGACGAAACUGACGAGCUAGAACAAACCGUAGAGGAGGAUUGGGAUACUGUUUAUCAGAGAUCGACCAUAACCCUCGGAGCGCCGAAGCCCGUGUCGAAGGCUUCCCUUAUAGCUCAGCUACCCCCGAAGGAGGAGGUUGAUAGAUUGCUUCCCUUUUGGUUCAAUUCUUCAGAUCCUCUUCUGUACAUGAUUCACGCGCCAAACUUCCGAUCGGAAUAUGCGCAGUUCUGGAAAGAUCCUUUCAACACUCCCACGAUGUGGAUAGCUUUGCUGUACGGGUCUUUGGCUCUCGCUAUCAUUCUAGGACCACGGAACUCCGAGUUUGAGGCCUAUUACUCGGCGCAAUACGAUAAAGGGGCCAGCACGGCUUUUCAACCCAUUGCAGUGCCCUUUGACGGUCUUCCAACUCGCGAGCUUGUUGAUAAAUAUCAGAACCUAGCAGCUUCGGCCAUAGCAUUGGCGGACAUUGCGAGGCCGCAGCCAUACAUUGUAGAGGCAGCAAUGAUCCACAUAGAAUGUGAGUUCCUUAGAAGAACGGACCAUCAUGUGAGAGUAUGGUUCUCGAUUGGCCUCAUCAUUCGUAUCGCCCUACGAAUGGGUUAUCAUCGAGACGCUAGCCAUUUCAAGAAUAUGCCACCAUUCCAAGUGGAGAUGCGUAGACGUAUCUGGCAUAUUCUUUACCAAAUGGACAUACUUGUUUCCUUUGCUCUCGGGCUUCCGUCAAUGUUACGCCGCAUUGAGGCUGAUACAAGAGCGCCCCAUAAUCUGUACGACACUGACUUCACAGCGGACUGUGAUGAGCUUCCAGAGGAAAGACCGCCAUCAGAGCUUACCCCGGGCUCUUACUUCAUCACGAAAAGUAGACUCUGCGCCGUGUUCGCGGAAGCUGCGGAGCUUUGGCAGUCCAUUAUUCCCCCUAGCCACUCGGAUAUCAUGGCUGUUGAUGCUCGCCUUCUAGUAGCUUACGAAGCCAUACCCGAAGGCUUACGUGUGCGGUCGAUGGGAGAAUCAAUUGCAGACACAUCCGUCUUGAUCAUGAGCAGAUUCAACCUCGAAUUACUUUACCUGAAGACUCGUACGGUACUUCACAGAAAGUAUAUAACGGCCGGAAGAUUUGAACCGCGGCUGGCUAAAUCUCGUAAAAUUUGUGUCGAGGCUGCAAUGGCCACCCUUCGGCACCAUUCUGUAAUCUUCAAUGCGUGUCUGCCUGGUGGUCAGCUGCACAAGGUUUGGUGGUACAUGGCUUCUCUUACAACAUACGAUUUUCUGCUAGCUGCAAUGAUCGUUGUUUUAGAACUCAACCACAUUCGGACUACUGAAGCCUCGCCCAUGCACAACGGACCUGCGUCCACAAUGACGGCAGAGAUGGUUGGCCUGCUCGAGAAGACUUACGGAAUCUGGGCAUGGCACCCAAACCGCAUUGCAGAGUCUGGGAGAGCGUGCGGUAUACUCCGAGAAAUGUUGACGAAAAUUGGUGGUCACGACAUUUUGACGAACCAUAAUGUCCACAACGAAAGCAGCCAAAGUCAUGUUCCUCAACAACCGCAUAACCUCCUGCGGGAGAGUAUUAGUGUGCCGGACGCUGACGGGAAUACUGGAACCUUCAAAAGGAAGCCUUUUUUCACGGCCUCGUUUUUUCCGGAUCUCGAUCUAUCCAAUCUUGAAAUGCCUGACGUCCCCGGAGAUAUUGAUUGGAACAUAUGGGACAACGCACUCAAAGAUGUUCAUCCAGAACCUGUCCCCAAUGCAACUUGGCCGUUCGAUUUCGGCUUUGAUCCACUUCAGAAUGAGGUUCCACUUCAAAACGGGGAGACAACCAUGGAAUUUGGCGACCAAGACUUUGACCUAUCGAUUUAG